UCAAAUAGAUCAAAUGAAUGAACAAAACAAGGCAACUAUGAAUGAACAAAUCAAGGCAACCAUGAAUGAAAUAAAUGAUCAAAUAAAAGAAACCACAGGUACAUGGCCAGUAUUACUAUGA